AUGGCGGCAGGACGUUUUGUAAAUAGAGAAGUGAGAGAAGUGGUCAUACCAAGGCCAAGGCUUAUAAUGGAUCGCCAGAACCCCCUAGAGCUCCUUUCAGAUGAAGAAGUGUUCCGGCGUUUUCGAUUUCGGCCGGACACCAUCGUAUAUAUCGUUGGUCUGGUGGCGGAUUCCAUUACCCAUAGAACGCUCAGAAGCGUGUCCCUCCCACCCCUGUUGCAAGUCCUUAUUUGUUUGAGGUUCUUGGCGACAGGGGCCUUCCAACAAUUGAUAGGCGACUCUGUUAAGAUUUCUCAGCCGACAGUCAGUAGAGUUGUGCGGCGAGUUGUCGGUGCCCUUGCAAGAAGAAUCCGUAAUUUUGUCACAUUCCCGAGAGGAGAAAACGGAAACAGAACAAAGCAAGAGUUUGGGGCAAUUGCAGGUUAG